CGUGGUUGGCUGCGCGGCGCGGCGCGGCCGGUUCGGGGCGGGCGGGCGGCUCCGUGCGCUCGGCAGGGCAGCGGGCGGCGAGCCGGGCGGCGGGGAGCGCGCUGCCGCCGGUCCCCGGGCCAGGGAGGCGAGCAGGACGCGUGCGGCAUGGGGCAGCGCGGGGACAGGGCGCCCUGCCUCCCCCUCCUCCUCUUCCUCCUCCUGCUGCUGCUGCUCGCUUUCUGCAGAGGACGCAUUGUGAGGGUACCCAAAGGUCCUUUAAUUCGAGUCUUGGGCACGGAGGUGGCGAUCCCUUGCAGUGUUAGUGACUACGACGGACCCAGCGAGCAGAACUUCGACUGGGAGUUCUCCCGAGAGACUGACUUCGUGCGGAUAGUGAGUACCUGGGAUUCUACCUUCACCUCUGAGGAGUACCAAAAACGUGUGGGCCACGGGGAUAUCAAACUGAGACGGAGCAGCAACGAUGCUGUGGAACUCGUGAUUAAAAACAUCCAGCCAACUGACCAAGGGAAAUACAAAUGCUCCACGCCCAGCACUGAUGCCACCGUUCAGGGAAAUUAUGAUGCUGAGGUCCAAGUGAAAGUUAUUUCUGAUGGCUUACUGGUGAGCGGUUCAAAAGCACGCUCUUCAACAUCUCUCAAGCUCUCUGAGGGUGACUCCUUCAAGCUGCGCUGCUCAGCAAUCACCACCUCGCCGGAGCACACUCACCUGCACGUGACUUGGCAGUUCAAAAGUGGAUUGUCUUGGCAGGACAUCCUAUCUUUGACUCACGAAGGCAAAUUCCAGCCUGGCCCUGGCUAUGAGGAGCGCUACCGUAAUGGAGAUAUCCGCUUGGACACAGGAGCGAAUGACACGUAUCGACUGUCUGUGUCCCAGGCCUCGUCGCUGGAUGCGGGUGUCUACAGGUGUCUCGUGAGCGAGUGGGUGAGAGGGGCAGAUAGCUCAUGGCAGAAGAUUCAGGAGAAGAACGUGGAGAUAGCAAGCGUGUCGAUCCAGCGGACUGUUCUAGAUGUGCUCAUCUCAACAAGCAAUCUGUCCGUGACUGAGAGGGACUCCCUGGAUCUUACCUGCAACAUCACAACAGACAGGAAUGGUAUUUUCCAAGCCGAGGUGACAUGGUAUUUCUCUGCGUCACCUGAUGACACCUUGUCAGAUGCUCAGGUUUUGUUGAGCAUGGACCAUGAUUCCGUUGUCAGCGAUUCAACUCUUAUCAGCCUGAGCCAUGUCGAUAGGAAUUCCUAUCGCCUCUUGGUGCGUGAUGUGGGUGUGGAAGACUCGGGGUACUACUUCUGCCAAGCAGCUGUCUGGGUACCGCUGCACAACGGGAGCUGGCAUAAAGUGGUGGAGAGGACAUCUGCGCCAGUCAGUGUGGUGGUGACAGCAUUAGAGCCAGAUUAUGAGGUAUUUCUGAAUGCAUCUAAAACACCCAAGUUUUCAGAUGACCCCACCGAGCUGGAGUGCAGGAUCACAAAUGCCCAGGACACCAAAGCAAACAUCCGCUUCACAGUUUCGUGGUACUACAAGGAGCACCUGCUCGGUGACGAUGUUGCGACAGAGGAACUGCUGGCCACCAUGGAUGCAGACUGGACUCUGCUUCUCGGGGACAGGAGCAGAAAGCGGACUCAGAAUGGGGAAAUAAUCUUCUCCAAAAAGGCUGUUGACACCUUCAGUUUACGGAUCCAGUGGACUUCAGAAAGUGACAGAGGGGAUUAUUUCUGUGUCAUCUCUGCAUGGAGUAGGCACCGCAACAACAGCUGGGUAAAAAGCAAAGACGUGGCUUCUGCACCUGUCAGCAUUUUAUGGGCUACACAAGAUUACACACUGACAGUGGAGGCGGUGAAACUGAAGCCAUUCUUCGUGGCAGGCCACACCUUUGAGAUGACAUGCAAAGUGUCUUCAAAAAACAUCAAGACGCCGCGCUAUUCUGUCCUCAUCACAGCAGAGAAGCCGCUGACGGAUCAGUCGAAUCCCAAUGGAACCACUCGCAUCAUUUCCCUGAACCAGGAUUCGGUGGUGCGGCUGGAAGACUGGACGGACCAGACUCGUGUGGACGGCGUGGUUCUGGAGAAGGUGCAGGAGAACGAGUUCCGCUACAGGAUGUAUCAGACCCAAAUUUCUGAUGCUGGGCUGUAUCGCUGUGUGGUGACUGCCUGGUCUCCAGGCGGUGGUGGCAUGUGGCGUGAAGCAGUGAACGGCUUAUCCAACCCCAUCCAGAUAGACUUCCAGACAUCAGGUCCUGUGUUUAACGUCUCCGUGCAUUCUGACAACCUGACCAUUUACCAGGGUGAACUGGCAGACUUGCUCUGCAUCAUCACAACGGAUGGAAUGGCACUGGAGCCAGAUGACAUGUCUUUUGAUGUCUCCUGGUUCGCCGUGCGCUCCUUCGCGCUGGACAGAGAGCCCGUCUUGCUGGCCUCAGUGGACCGGAGAGGGAUCGUGACGCAGAGCAGGAGAAACGGGAGCAGUGAUCUCAGCCUGGAGAGAAUCAGCCCGCUGGAAUUCCGUCUCCGUGUGCACGGCUGCGAGGACCAUGAUUUUGGGAACCAUUACUGCGUGGUGACCCCAUGGGUACGGUCUGCCACCGGCGUGUGGCAGCAGGAGCCUGCCGUCAAAGCCAAACCCGUCUUUCUAUCUGUGAAAAUGGAUGUUCUGAAUGCUUUCAAGUAUCCCUUGUUGAUUGGCAUUGGUCUGGCCACUGUCAUCGGACUCUUAUCCUGCCUCAUCGGCUACUGCAGCUCCCGUUGGUGCUGCAAGAAGGAAGUGCAGGAAACAAGGCGAGAGCGUCGCCGGCUGAUGUCAAUGGAGAUGGACUGAGUGCUGGAGCCAGGCACGCUUGCGUUUCGGGAGAGACUCACAGGGCUCUUGGACUGUGCUAAGACACUCGCUCACAGGCCCAGACAAGACAGCACACUUCCUCUCUGAUUUCAGCCUGGACCUCAAGCUUCUCCUUGUUACACAUCAUGCCCCGAGAGCUUUCAGGCCAUGUUUAGUGACUCAGAGUUCUCCUUUUUCCAGCAGCACUUUCUGCGUAGGGAUUGUGUCCUUCUAAUGUACAAACUGUUGAGCCUGCUUUCAGCAGGGCCCUGUGACAAAAUUCACUAAAGUGUUUAUUUUAUAAAUAUUUUGGUUUAGCCCCUCUUGGUUUUUGAAAAGGUCUUCCUCUAUGAAAACAUGACAGGGAGGGCAAUGUGUGGGAAGGGACUGGUAGAAUCGUCAGACUUUCCUUGUGUUAACCGAUCUACUUUUCCCCUCUACCUUCAUUGCAGCAUCCUGUCCACUUCCUCUGUCAGGUUUUUAUCUCACAGACUUCUCUAUGUUGGCUUGAAGCCUGGAGAAGGGUAUUCCACUGGUGCCUCAUGAGGCUUUUCCAGCAGAGAAUUGAUUUUUGGCUGUCAGCAUGCCUUCUCUUCCCUGGCUUUCAAAGGGUUUACGAUUAACCUGAAAGCAUAACUUGCCUGGAGGUCUUUGAGACAUUUUUCUUAUUUUUUUUUUCUAGUUUUUCAUGCUCAAAGCUUUUGACUGUGGUGAACAGGGGCUAACUUGGCAGCCCUGAAGAGUCACUCUUCAGACAAGUUGGAUGUCUGCGUAUGGCCACCAGCUCCCCAACCCUUACACUUUCUUUUCUCCUCACUACAGCUGCUCACGUUGUGCCUCGGACCCUGCUCUGCUUGUGGCGGGGGGGGCAACAUGGUGUCUAGAGGCAGGAUCCAGCCUUCUGCUGGGCCUUGGCAGAGGUAGGAGACCUUGCCCAACUGGCAAUGGAGUGACUCAUGAAAAAAAUGAGAUGGAUCUUUGUGUGCAAUUGGCCAACUGACCAUGUUUAGAGGAGACUGGUAAACUGUCCCCAGAUGCACAGACCAGAUACCAAUGCUGCUUCUGCCAGUCACUCAGUGGUAACCCUUGAGCCUGUGAGCAGAGUCUGACUGCAGUAGCUCAGGGUAGGAAUAUGAGCAAGCUUAAGAGGGCAGCAAAAAAGUUCCUGCGAUCCUGGUCUCGUACAUGGGCCUGCAGUGAGGUUUUCCCCAUGGGUUCGAGGCAUAUUCCUAGGUGCUAUAUUAUAAGAAGUCCUGCUUUGGUCUUCCACAUACACUGACCUGGCUCCUGCCAAGGGAGCAGCUGCUUUUCCGGGCAGUUCUGUCUUUCCAGCACAGCUGGUAUUUUAAGCAAUAAAAGUCAGAGUAUAGGUACUGCAUACAAACAAAAGAGUAGGACUGUACCACAACCUAAUGUCACAGGCCAGGGUCUAGCUUGCAUCAGGAAUGGUUGAAAAUGCAGAGAUGAAGUCAGGGUUCAAUCCUUUACAGAUUUUGUAGGAUAAAAUAAAAGUCUCUGGAGGAUGGCAUCUGAAGAAGGUAGUGCUUGUGGUGUGCUGUUGCCCAUCUUAGAGGUUAGUUAUGUUCUAGACAGUCUCCUUCACUAAUAGCUUGUUCCAGGGGAGCUGCAGGUCUGUGCUAUGAUGACCUCAUUUCACAUCAGUUUUUGGACCCUUUCACUCACCACUACAGCUAUUCCAUUUUUUUUUUCAGUAACGUUUUUUGUUUUGUUUUCUUAGCUUGUGACCUUUUUUCCAAGGUUGGCAUGAAGACCUUCUCUAGAAGGCUAUGUUCUGCCCCCAGCUUGCAAACAUGCACACAGUCACACUGCUGGCGGGUUAACCUUGACUGUACAUAUGUACACACACAAUGUCUAAUGAUUAUUGGAAGCUGAAUGAGAGGCAUCUUCAAAAUGGACUUGAUUUGCAGAGAUGGAGCUUGCAACUCACAAUUGGACUCUUUGGCACUUUGUGUAGGAUUCUAGAGGUGAGAGACCCAAAGCCUGUAAACCUCUGGAAGACUUUGGCCUAAACAUUCUUAUCAGCUUCUCUUUCUGUCCUGAUGUGUGUGUGUGUGUGUUUUUUCUUCCUCUCUUGAAGAGCUCUGAAAAGGCCUAUGCUGCAGACAGAUGUAGCUGCCUCUGCUGAGGAACAGGGCAGAAGCAUUCUCUACUUUCCACUGUGAAAGCCUGGAAAUUUUCAGUGAUGCUUUACAAAGAAAGGGCAUCAAGGAGAGAAUUCACUCAAAUAUCUUUUUGACAACAAGAUUUUUUCUUCCUCUCCUAUUUGGCUACUGUAGUGAAAUCUUGCUUUUCCUUGGAUGUUAAGGAACUACAUUCUGAUGUCUGGGGUGCUGGCCGUCCUUCCCACACUGACCUACGCAGCUUCUUUCCUGCUUUACUGUCUGCUUUCUUCACAGAAAUGACCUGUGGAAUUGGGGUGUCUUGGGUAGGGCGAUUGGUAGUGGUGGUGAAGUUCAAAGCACAGCAUCAGUCACUUGCUAUCUGAGCAGACUGAUGCCAUAUUUGUGUGCCCUUGGUUAAGCUUUAGGGAAAGAGGGUCACGACGCAAUAAUUAGGGAAUGAAUGAGCAGGGACCUGCCAGCUCUUCCCAAGCACGCAACAUAGCACACUUUAUCCCUGCCGGAAAAAUACUCAGGGUUAUUUGGUCAGGGCUCCCUGCUCCUCUAGUGAAAGGUCCCCAUGUCCUUAGCUAAUGCUGACCUUCCUUCAAGGCCAGUAACAAACCAUCUUUGUCAUUCCAAGUGAAGCAAGUUCGCUGCUAGCUCACGCUGCUGCCAGCCCCUUGGAAGGCAAUGCUGCAUCCCCUUAGACCCUGUAUUCGCUGUAGUUGGAAGGCUAGAAGCUGAGGGGCUAGGCUUUACCCUACAGGUUUCCUUCUAUUUGUGCCAAUUUUGUAUUAUCCCCUUUUUUAAAAAUAGAGAGGAAAUCUUGGCUCCAAAGUAGGAAAAAAAAAAAAAGACUCCUGGUCACUUUCAUGUUUUUUUAUUGUUAUUUCCUGUGUGACCAGGGUUUGUGUGAGUGGAGGUGUGUGUGCACCGUGUCGUGUAUUAAACCUGCAGAAUAUCAGGAGAGUGAGCUGCCUGAGAUGCUGUGCGAGGAUCUGUAUCUUUGCUGCAACCUGUGGUAUUGUCUAAGUAUCCUAAGGGCUCAUGUUGAUCUUCCUCUGUUUGCAUUGCCACAUCUCCUGGGUAAGCUGGUAAAUUCCUCCAGGCACUUGGAAUUUGAUCCAGGACAAGCUUGAACAUCCGUAUAGCAGAAGGGCAAGAUGUUUUCUUUCUUUUGGUUUAAUUUCAAAGUUACAAAAUGAAGUGUUUGGCACAGUUCUGGAAUGCAGGUACCCAAUAGUUCUAACAAUACUGUGUAAAAUGUUUCUUUUUAUGUUUAAAAUAAAGAGCCUUUUUGAUUAAG